CUUCACGGGGAGAAAACCGCCGCAUCGCGGACUCUUCGUCAGUCGUGUCUACAGGCAGGCUAAAAUGGCGUCAGCUUCGGAUUACAGCUCCUACAACCAGGGUGGCGCUCAGCAGGGGUAUGCCUCCUAUGCUGCCCAGCCAUCUCAAAACUAUGGACAGUCAGCACAGCAAAGCUAUGGCCAGCAGAAUUAUGGAUCAUACGCCCAGCCAGCUGCAGCUGAGAGCAAUUACUCUCAGAGCACACCAGCAGCUGGGGGCUACCCACAACAGCAGCAGCAGCAGUAUGGAUCUUCAUAUGGCCAACAGGCAUCAGCAACUGGCUAUCCUGCAGCACAGUCUUCCAGCCAUAGCUACUCGCAGUCAGCCCAGGGUUAUGGGGCUAGUGGUUAUGACAGUACUCCUGCUGCUGCUGCUCCCGCUGCCUCCCAGUCCUACGGCUCCCAGCCGGGAUAUACUGCCCAGUCUGCCUACCCUGGAUAUGGCCAGCAGGCUGCUCCUACUGCACCGCAAAGUUACAAUGCGAACAGCCAGCCAGCAAGUUACAACCAAAGUAAUUACUCCCAACCGGCCGCGUAUGGCCAGCAGCAGCCUGGUUACCAGGGACAGCAGGCCGGCUACAACCAGCAGCAGGGCUACCAGCAGCAGAACCAGCAGCAGCAGCAGCAAGCUCCUCCUUCUUACCCUCCUCAGACCGCAGGCUCUUAUGGACAGCCUCCGUCCAGUCAGUACAGUCAGCAAGGUGGACCACCCAGCUACAGCCAGUCCAGCCAUUACAAUAACUACAGACAGGAUGGCCAGGGUGGAGGCUCUAGUUACCCUGGCUCUGAGCCUUCGAGGUACCCAGGGGCAGGGGACAGCAGAGGCCCUGGCAGGGAUGGCUUUGACCGAGGGGGCAUGAUGCACCGUGGACGUGGCGGCAUGGGCCGUGGAGGCAUGGGCAGCGCUGGAGACAGAGGUGGCUUCAGUAAGCCUGGUGGACCAAUGAACGACAACGAGCGUGAAAUGGGACGCCCUGAGGAGCAGGACGAUUCCGAGAACAGCACCAUUUACAUCACAGGGCUGACCGAGAAGGCCAACCUGGAGGAAAUGGCGGAGUUCUUCAAGCAUGUUGGACCCAUCAGGAUCAACCGUCGACUUGGACAGCCGGCCAUCAACAUUUACACAGACAAGGACACAGGAAAGCCAAAAGGAGAUGCCACUCUGUCCUACGAGGAGCCCAUCUGUGCUAAAGCGGCGGUGGAGCACUUCGAUGGUAAAGAAUUCCAAGGUCGGAGGCUGAAGGUGUCCAUGGCUCGCCGAAAGCCGAUGAUGGGUGGAAUGAGGGGAGGCAUGCCAAUGCGCGAUGGCAUGAUGGGUCGUGGAGGCAUGAUGGGCCGUGGAGGAGACCGUGGAGGGUUCGGGCCUCGAGGUGGCCCACGUGGGAUGGGCAGAGGAGGACCCACGGGGGGCAACAUGCAGCAGAGAGCUGGGGACUGGGAGUGUCCUAAUCCUGGUUGUGGGAACCAGAACUUUGCCUGGCGGAUGGAGUGUAAUCAGUGCAAAGCGCCCAAACCAGAAGGACUGGGCGGCGGCCCCCCUCCACCUUUUGGAGGGGACCGAGGUAGAGGCGGGAUGGGGAUGCGUGGCGGCAGAGGCAUGGAUCGUGGCGGGCCGGCCGGCGCCGGAGGUCCCGGGGGUCCCGGAGGUUUCCGUGGAGGCUGGGGAGGCGAGCGCGGUGGAUUCAGGGGGCGUGGCGGCAUGGAUCGCGGUGGUUUCCGUGGGGCUGGGCGUGGAGGACCACCAAUGGACCGAAUGGGGGGCAGAGGGGGGAGAGGAAUGGGUCCGCCAGGUGGCAAAAUGGACAUGAGGGACCAUCGCCAGGAGCGCAGGGACCGACCUUACUGAAAAACUACUUCUUGAUCAUUUCCUGUUGUGGAAUUUGAUUUUUAGAAGUUUUUUUUUAAUUUAUGAUUCCAUAUAUUGGUGGUUACACAACUGCUUUCGUACAACCUGUGCAGUUACACUCAUGUUUUUGUAUUUUUUAGUUUCCCCGUGUUUAUGCUGAAUCUCGUACUGUGCAUGUUUCGUUUUUGCUUUUUUUUUUAAAGAAUUUUCAGAGUAGGUCUGACGUAUUGUAAAAUGCUUUUUUGUCUUUCCAUUUAACUAAAUUGUCUCCCACUUACCCGUUUGACAAUUGUAUGAUGACAAACUUGGAAAAUAAAAUUUUACUGAUUUGUGGA